AUGCAAGGUCAGGAAGAUUGGGUAGAUAAGGAUAAAACUUUGGUGGAAGAAGAAGAAGAAGGCGCCGACGAUGAAUCUCACAAAAAGAAGAGCAAUGAUGGUAAUCGGGUCUGCAAGAAGAGUGUUAAGGAGCUGAAGAAACAUCUGGACAAGAAGGAAAUUGCAAUACAGAAUAGAGAAUCGACGAAGCAACUCACCCUUUUAAGACAAGAAAAUACCCAUUUACAGCAGGCCUGUAAGAUCCUCGGCGAGGACAAGAUUACCAAAAAUAAACAAUUCAUAGAAAAAUGGAGGACCGUUUGCGAGAUGGAGCUUUCAUUCAUCCUGAACUCCACCUUAAUUAAGAUUAACAGAAUGGGCGGUUAUAAAGAUUUUCUGGAAAAAGAAAUGGAAGCUAAGAAAAGAAGGCUGGAAUACCAGAUAGAUAACGGAAUGGAAGACCAGCUCUAUGAAGUAAGGGAUAGCGAAGACUUUAAGCAGCUUUCUGAAGUUGAGCAAGAGCAAUGGGAGAGUCAAAUGAAUGAACAACUAAAAGAAGUGGAAAAGAGUAAAGAGGUGGAGUUGGAAAAACUAAACAAGGUGUUACUCGAUAGUGAGGGGAAGGAAUUCGAUAUGGCAGAACUAUGUAAUAGAUUAAAGCUUGAUUAUAAACUAAUCUUCCCCUAA